AACAGGAAACGUGGAAACAACGUUGCCAUGGUAACAUGUAAACCCUGCCGGUGAUUAACAGUUAGCUUAGCUAACUUUAAUAACAGCAGAUUGACGAGCGAUGGAAGGACAAGACACAGGCGGAAAUACGUAUCAUUUGCGACCUAAUUAUCAACACAAGUUUAAGCCAGUCAUUGUGAAGGCGUGUAUUCGUGAGAUCUUGCGGGAGCAGUUGUCCGGAGUGCAGUAUGAGCCCGAGGAGGUGCCUGCCCUGUCUCGCGCUCUGGCGGAGAGCAUCAAGAACAAACUAAAAGAUGCUGGGUUUGAACGAUAUAAGUUUGUGGUGCAGGUUGUGAUUGGGGAACAGCGAGGAGAGGGAGUGAAAAUGGCUUCGAGGUGCUUCUGGGAUGCAGACACGGAUAGUUAUGCAGAGGAUUUGUUCAUGAAUGAGAGUCUGUUCUGUGUGGCGGCGGCUUUUGGAUGUUAUCAUUACUGAGAAGAAUCUCUGAGAGCCAGGAGACCCUUCAUCCACGUAGCCGGACCCCCUGAAACCUGCUGAAACCCCCUCCCAUACAUGCAUUGUCUGCUGGUAUUCCGAGAGAACGAGCAGUGGCACCAGAAAGAGAAAACAUGAUUUUUUUUUUUUUUACAUUAACGCUUUCUGUUUAAAUGAUACAUUUAAAUCGAACUGGUUUCUAAGAAUUCUUGUAAACAUAUUUCUGAUUAUGUUUUUUUGUAAUUAAUGUGCCUAAUAAGCAACACUUGACCUUCCUUAUAGGCAGUUUCUUAUUUUCUUGGCAUCAGAUUCAAUUUUAUUCAUAAUUGUUUUAAAUACAUUUAUAAUGGCACAUAUUGCGUUUUUAUUGUGAAAUUUCAAGUGCAACCAAGGAGUCUCUCCCAACUACCUGUAACAUGAAAGGAAGAUAGCAAUUCAUAAAAGCUUGGACCACACUUCACUGCCAGGGGUCAAUAUCCACCUAGCUCUCCUGAGAGGUGUCCGAAUUCCUAUCACCUAUCAGCCACCACAUGUCUGACAUAUACUGUAUUACAAGGAGGAGACAACAAUUAUAUUUCACAAACAGCCACUA